UUUUCGAAAAUGGCAGCUCCCAUGUCUGCAGCCGCGAAGUCUGACUCCAAUUCGGAUAAACAAACAUUACUGGCUGUUCUUCAGUUUCUGCGGAAGAAUAACCUUAAGGAAACUGAAGCUUUGCUGAAACAAGAGGCACAGAUUAAAGAUGAGGAUGUCAAACCACAGAGUUCAACACAAGGAGAAUCAGACGUGUCACACGCCUUGGCAGCAUAUAAAAGUGAGAAUGACCCAACCCUGUAUGAAGACUUUUACAUUGACCUGAAAAACUUCAUAGAAUCCUGUCUAGAUGUUCAUAAGGUGGAGCUGAGUAUGAUCUUGUACCCAGUGUUUGUUCACAUGUACCUGGAGCUGGUCUUCAAUGAACAUGAGAAACAAGCCAUACAUUUCUUUGAGAAGUUCUCCAAAGAUCAAGAAGAGUAUUACAAAGAAGAUCUGAAGAAACUUUCUACCGUCACCAAAAAAGAGCACAUGCAAGGGAACUUACUUAUGGAAAACUUCAAGUCAAGCAAAUUUGUCAUAAAGAUGUCCCGUGAUUCUUACAACCACGUGAAACGUCAUCUGCAGGAGAAACACAUGAAAAUGUUGCUGACAAUAAUCCAAGAGCAUCUCUUCAUCGAUGUAUUUGAUGGAGUGCCGAGGAAUAAGGAGCAGAUUGUUGCGUGUAGCGGGGGAAUGCUGGGAGAAGCGUUGCGAGAAGCGAACAAGUCUAAGGUGUAUUAUGGGCUGCUGAAGGAACCAGACAUGAGCAUCCCUAUUGAGGAGGAUGAAGAUGCUGGGGAUGAGGACAAACCAAAGAAAAAGAAGGCCAAGAAAGACCCUUUGUUGAUGAAAAAAGCCAAGAAUGACCCCAACGCUCCCGCGGUGACCAGAGUACCCCUCCCUGAACUGAAGGACCAAGAUAAGAUAGAGAAGAUAACAGCAUUCCGAGAAGCCAACAAACGGGUGAAGGUUGGCCCUGAUGCUCUCCCUUCCAUCUGCUUCUACACAUUCCUCAAUAGCUACCAGGGGGUGACAGCUGUAGAGGUAAGUGAUGACUCCAGCCUUUUAGGAGCAGGGUUUGCCGACUCAUAUAUCCGAGUCUGGAGCACAUCGCCAAAUAAACUGCGGGGAAUUAAGAAAAACUCAGAGCUACAGCUCAUCGACAAAGAAGCAGAUGAUGUGUUGGAGCGAAUGAUGGACGAUAAAUCAGGCAGUGAUUGUAAAACCCUGGUGGGUCAUUCUGGUCCAGUGUACAGCAUCUGUUUUAGUCAUGACAGGAAUUAUCUUAUCUCUUGUUCUCAAGACUCCUCCAUUCGCUUGUGGAGCCUUAAGACUUGGAGUAACUUGGUGUGCUACAAAGGUCACAACUUCCCCGUCUGGAGCGUCAGAUUUAGCCCCCAUGGACACUAUUUUGCGUCUGCGGGUCAGGAUAAGACGGCCCGCCUCUGGGCCACGGACCACCAUCAGCCGCUGCGGAUAUUCGCUGGUCAUCUCUCUGAUGUUGAUAGCGUAUUGUUCCAUCCAAACUCCAACUACGUGGCCACGGGCUCCAGCGACCGGACGGUUCGUCUCUGGGAUGUCCUCAAUGGAGAAUGUGUGCGGGUGAUGACAGGACACAAGGGAACUGUUCACACAUUGUGCUUCUCGCCUGACGGGAAGUAUCUGGCAUCAGCAGGUCGGGAUAAGGUGAUCUUACUGUGGGACCUCUCCUCCGGAGUAAUGGUGGCACAGUUUGUCUCACACGCGGACACAGUUUACAGUCUCUGCUUCAGCCGAGGGGGUGGAGUACUGGCUUCAGGUGGACUGGAUAGUACUGUGAAGUUAUGGGACAUGAACCUGGUAUUGACGGAGAUGGACACGGACGGUGACGCCAGCAUUCCUUCCUCACUCAUCGUAAACAACAACCCUAAGCUGCUGAUUGGUUCUUACCGAACGAAAAACACGCCUGUUUUGAAUCUCCAUUUCACGCGUAGGAACUUAUUGCUGGCUUGUGGACCUUAUGUGCCUUCAUGACGACUCCUCAUUGGGGAGUUAUAAACAAGGGAGACAAGUGUGUCACCUGAAAAAUGACUACCAUGAUCUCAUUUUGAGGGAUUUUGACGAAACGGUCUCGGUCUAGUGGCUUUUUUGGUUGAAUUGUGAACAUUCUUACAUGCAAGACCGCAUGAAUUUUGUUUAAAACGAGUGAAAUCGAAGCUAUUCAACUUAACAAGGGGCGAUUGUAUGAUUACACCGACAGGGAGGCAUGGUUGUGAACUGUAGUGAACGAUAGUGUGGUUGGGAGGAAUAAACGUAGCAGUAUACCGGAGAUUGUAGAGAGGACAUUGAUCGCCAUUGUCAGUGUUGCUGUUGUUGUUGUUGUGAGGGCGUCAGUAAGAAUCUCUUUAGAAGCGCUGACGAUCUGCUUGUAUUUUGAGAGAUCAGCACUUACUCUCGGCACGAGAUCAUGUCGAGGGUCCAGACAAAAAUGCGAGGAUUUGUGCGCUUUCUCAAAAAUUUUAAAUCCAUGACCUCAUGACGUUAUGGAAAAACCCGUGUUUGUCAAAUCUCUACAAAGCCUGCUAGUAACAAUAUUCAACAUUUUGCUAAGGCAGUGCAAAUCCUAAAAAUACAAGGAAAGAACCAGUGAAAAUCGAAGUUUUAAUCCACGUAAUGAUAAUCUUGUCCAUAGGCAGAGUGUAAACUCUGCUUAUAAAUUGUUCUCGUCUUAUAAAUUGUUCUAAUAAAAUUGUUCUCGUAAUCGUUUUUGAAUAUGUGAACAUUUUUGUAUUUAAAAUGAAAUAGACAAUAAAACCACGAAA